AUGGAGUACACGCCGCCCCCCAAGCCGCAGCUCUCUUCCCGGGCCAACGCCUUCUCCAUCGCCGCCCUCAUGUCGAGCGGCAGCUCCAAGGACAAGGAGUCCCCCGAGAGCACCAUCAAGCCGCUGGAACAAUUCGUUGAGAAAUCCUCUUGCGCCCAGCCUUUGAGUGAUUUAUCUAGCCUGGACCCUCACGGGGAUUAUAGCACCAGCCCUUCGUCCCUCUGCACCGAGCCCCUCAUCCCCACCACCCCCAUCAUCCCCAGCGAGGAGAUGGCCAAAAUCUCCUGCAGCCUGGAGACCAAAGAGCUCUGGGACAAGUUUCAUGAGCUGGGGACUGAGAUGAUCAUCACCAAAUCCGGGAGGAGAAUGUUUCCUACAAUCAGGGUUUCCUUCUCCGGAGUGGAUCCUGAAGCCAAAUACAUUGUGUUAAUGGAUAUAGUUCCGGUGGACAAUAAAAGAUACAGAUAUGCUUACCACAGGUCUUCCUGGUUAGUGGCUGGAAAAGCUGACCCUCCGCUCCCUGCAAGGUUGUACGUGCACCCUGACUCCCCAUUCACUGGAGAGCAACUGCUGAAGCAGAUGGUGUCAUUUGAAAAAGUCAAACUCACGAACAAUGAGCUGGAUCAGCACGGCCACAUCAUUUUGAACUCCAUGCACAAGUACCAGCCAAGGGUCCACAUUAUCAAGAAAAAGGAUCAUACAGCUUCUUUGCUAAAUCUGAAAUCUGAAGAGUUCAGGACAUUUAUCUUUCCAGAGACAGUUUUUACAGCUGUUACUGCCUACCAGAAUCAAUUGAUAACCAAGUUGAAAAUUGACAGCAACCCUUUUGCUAAAGGAUUCCGGGACUCUUCCAGACUCACUGAUAUCGAGAGAGAAAGUGUGGAGAGCCUUAUCCAAAAGCAUUCCUAUGCCCGAUCCCCCAUUCGAACCUAUGGAGGAGAAGAUGAUCUAGGAGAUGACAGCCAGGCAACACAAAGCAGAGGGUCAGCCUUUACAACAUCUGAUAACCUGUCCCUCAGCUCCUGGGUUUCCUCCUCAACCAGUUUUCCUGGAUUUCAGCAUCCACAGUCUUUGAGUGCCCUGGGUACCAGCACUGCAUCCAUAGCUACACCCAUUCCUCACCCAAUCCAAGGAUCUCUGCCUCCGUACAGCCGCCUGGGAAUGCCUCUUACACCCUCUGCUAUAGCCACCUCCAUGCAAGGUAGUGGCCCCACUUUCCCUUCCUUCCACAUGCCUAGGUACCACCAUUAUUUUCAGCAGGGUCCUUAUGCAGCUAUCCAGGGACUGCGUCACUCCUCUGCAGUGAUGACGCCGUUUGUAUGA